UGGCUUCAAGUUGAGCAGUUGAGAGUCCCGCAGCCGAACCAUUGGUGCGUAAUGGUGCACGACUGGACGGCAGAUGUUUCACCACCGGGACACUCUGUCUCUGCACACUGAACCCCUCCGACUUUUUUUUCUCAGCGUAGGCGUGCGUUAACUUGCUGUCCUGAGUUAUCUGUGGAAGGAAAAGGGACGAAGAAGGAAAAAAAAAAAAAAAUUGGGCUACCUCUUCAAACCGUCCCGGUUUUUACCGGGGAGUUGUCGUCAUCAGCACCCCAGAUAUCCCCCCCCCUUAGCUCCCUAAAUGGAUGGGACAGUCUUGGUCUAUGCAGUUCAGCACAGGCCAAAUGAUUGGAAACAACUUGUGAAUAUCCGUGAAUUUGGCGUCUAAAGGGAAACGCUCAGAAAUGCACGGCUGCUUCGCUGGAGCUCAACUCUGAGGACUUUUCUCCUGCAUUUGUGCUUUUUUUUCAGGAGGAAGGACUCCGCUCAAAGUUUACAACAGAAAGGAAAACUCAGUGCUGAAGUGGCAGCUCUCACACUAUAGCGCUCGCUAUGGAUUGUAUGUAUUUAUUGAUGUGCUUUUCACUCAGUCAAGUAUUUCUGGAUCAUGUUUUUGCUGAAGAAACACAUGAAAAACUCUCUGGAAAGUUAAGUGAAUAUGGUCUUAUCGUGCCAUUCAGCACAGACUCCCGUGGCAGAUAUAUGUCUCACGUGGUCUCUGCUGGAAGUGGAAGUAAAGGUGAUGCUGAUGCUGAUGCCGCCUCAGCCUCCGGCAGCAGCAGAAGAAGGGUGGCCCGCGGUGCCCCCGAGAUGCCCCCGGUCACCCCUGCCUCAGCGCAGCACUUGUUUUUCAAUGUCACUGUGUUUGGGAAAGAACUGCACCUCCGCCUUAGGGCCAACAGGAGGCUGGUGGCCCCGGGAGCUUUUGUGGAAUGGCAGGAAGACUUUUUGGAAAAGGCCAAGGAGCAUAUCCACAAGGACUGUGUUUUCACUGGAGAUGUGAGCAACAUGCCGGAGGCCUCUGUGGCUAUCAGCAAUUGUGACGGACUGGCAGGUCUGAUCCGGACUGAUAAUGGGGAGUUUUUCAUCGAGCCCCUUGAGAAGGGCCAACAGGACGUGGAAGUGAAGGGGCGUGUCCAUGUGGUCUACCGCAGGUCAGCCAUCAAGCGGGAGACGGGCCAGAGGAGGGAGGACCUCCACAAUGAAGUGGCAAACUUUGGGAUCGCAGACCUCCCUGCAGCUCUGGAUCUCGUCGAACAUAAACUGUCUGACUCCGAGCGCAAGAGGAGGCACGCAAAGAAAGACGACUACAACAUCGAGGUGCUGCUGGCUGUGGACGACUCGGUGGUUCGCUUCCACGGCAAGGAGCAUGUGCAGAAUUAUGUUCUCACGCUCAUGAACAUAGUUGAUGAAAUCUACCACGAUGAAUCUUUGGGAACCAACAUAAAUGUUGUCCUUGUUCGCAUGAUAAUGGUCGGGUACCGACAGUCUAUAUGCCUGAUCGAGCGUGGCAACCCAUCCCGCAGCCUGGAGCAGGUGUGUCGAUGGGCCAACACGCAGCAGCGCCGUGAUCCUGACCACGCUGAGUACCACGAUCACGCCAUCUUCCUCACAAGGCAAGAUUUUGGUCCCGCAGGUAUGCAAGGUUACGCUCCAGUUACAGGGAUGUGCCACCCACUGAGGAGCUGCACUCUGAACCACGAGGACGGCUUCUCCUCCGCCUUUGUGGUUGCUCAUGAAACCGGCCAUGUGCUGGGCAUGGAGCACGAUGGCCAGGGGAAUCGUUGUGCCGAUGAGACCAGUAUGGGCAGCAUCAUGGCACCACUUGUCCAGGCAGCUUUCCACCGCUAUCACUGGUCACGUUGCAGCAAGCAGGAGCUCAAUCGAUACAUCCACUCCUAUGACUGCCUGCUGGAUGAUCCAUUUGAACACAAGUGGCCUAAGCUUCCUGAGCUCCCUGGAAUAAAUUAUUCAAUGGACGAGCAAUGCCGCUUUGAUUUUGGUGUCGGUUAUAAAAUGUGCACCGCUUUUCGAACCUACGACCCUUGCAAGCAACUGUGGUGCAGUCACCCAGACAACCAGUACUUUUGUAAAACCAAAAAAGGUCCUCCGGUGGAUGGAACCGAGUGUGCACCAGGAAAGUGGUGCUUCAAAGGCCAUUGCAUCUGGAGAUCCAGCCAGCAACCUCAAGGCCAUGAUGGGAGUUGGGGCUCCUGGUCCAAAUUCAGCUCUUGCUCCAGGACAUGUGGAGGUGGAGUUCGCUCCCGCAGCAGACAGUGCAACAACCCUCCCCCGGCCUACGGUGGUCGAGAUUGCCCCGGCUCUGCUUUUGACUACCAGAUGUGCAACACGGAGGAGUGUGCUGGCCCUUAUGAGGACUUCCGUGCUCAGCAGUGCAUCCAAAGGAGCAACAAAUACCACAACAACAUCAAGCACACGUGGCUACCGUAUGAGCACCCAGAUGAGGCCCGUAAGUGUGAGCUGAGCUGUACAUCAAAGGAAACAGGAGAGGUGGUGUUCAUGAAUCAGGUGAUGCACGAUGGGACCCGCUGCAGCUACUCAGAGCCCUUCAGCGUGUGCGCCCGGGGAGAGUGUCUGCAUGUGGGCUGCGAUAAGGAGGUUGGCUCAUACAAACAAGAGGACAAAUGUGGAGUGUGCCAGGGGGACAACUCCCACUGUCGCACCGUGAAGCUGACACUCACCAAGACGCCUAAAAAGAAUGGAAUGCUGAAAAUGUUCGACAUCCCUAUAGGAGCCCGCCACAUAGUAAUCGAAGAGAACGAGACUUCCCCUCAUAUAAUUGCUGUGAAGAAUCAAGUUACUGGAAACUUCAUACUGAAUUCAAAAAGUGAAGACGCUGAAACAAAGACAUUCAUCGAAAAUGGUUUACAGUGGGAGUAUUUACUCGAAGGUGGAAAGGAGACGCUAAAAACAACUGGUCCUCUGCACGAAGGCAUUGUAGUGCUGGUCAUUCCCCAGGAAGAAGAUGCAAAGAUCAGCCUGACAUAUAAGUAUAUCAUACAUGAGGACCUGUUACCGCUUAUUACCAACAACAAUGUUCUUCUGGCUGAACUGGACACCUAUGAGUGGGCACUGAAGAGCUGGUCUCAGUGCUCCAAACCCUGCGGGGGAGGCAUACAGUACACAAAAUAUGGAUGCAGAAGGAAAAGUGACAGCCGUCUAGUACAUCGAAACUUUUGUGAAACCAGCAAAAAGCCCAAACCCAUUCGCAAGCGCUGCAAUGUCCAAGAGUGCAACCAGCCCACGUGGGUCGUGGAAGAGUGGAGUCCCUGCAGUAAAACCUGCGGGAAGCUCGGCUACCAGACCAGGGCGGUGCAGUGCAUGCAGCCGCUUCACAACGGCACCAACAGGCCCGUCCACAGCAAACACUGCACCGAGAAUCGGCCAGAGACGAGAAAGGCCUGUAACCACACCACAUGCCCCGCCCAGUGGAGGACAGGGGCAUGGUCUCAGUGUUCUGUGACCUGUGGUGAAGGGAUUCAGCAAAGACAGGUGGUUUGCAAGGCCAGCGACAACACCAUUGGAGAAUGUGAGGGCGAGAAGCCGGAAACAGUCCUCAUUUGCAAACUAAGUUCUUGUCCAGGAAAGCCAGUGUCUCCUCUCACCGUUGAAACAAUGGAAAACUCCACAAUAAAAGACGAAGCUAUACACCAAAGGGCUCAUGAAAACCCUGUCCACAAAAUCUCUUCAAAUGAGCCAUGUUUGGGGGAUAAAUCAAUUUUCUGUCAAAUGGAGGUUCUUGCCCGAUAUUGUUCCAUCCCUGGAUAUAAUAAGCUUUGCUGUGAGUCUUGCAACAAGAAGGAAAACUUUGCCAUACAUUCUCCUGACCUCCAAAACACCCCAGUAGUCAAAGUUGAACCUGACGCCUCCGUUCCUACUCACCCUGCAUCGCCCAAUGCUCCUCCACCCGCUACGACCCAGAGCCCGCUGCAAACCACUAAAGCCGCAAGCAGACGGCUUCGCUCCACCGCCCCAGUGCCAACCACCAUUUCUGCUGCUGAAGCCUCCCCAUCCACAGGUGCUGCUCUGUCCCAGGGUCCCACCAGUGACUCCUUCCUCACAGCUGGGAAAGGAGACUCGGACCCGGGGUCUAUUCUACCUCCAGGGCCUCCACAGCCCACAGCAGACUCCAGUGGAGGUGCUUCUAAAGAGCACAGUCCAAACAGCACUUUAGGCCCUGUCGCUGAAAGGGCAAGAAGGGACGAUUUAGGAUCCGAGAGGGACUCGAGUCACAGAACCCUUUCAGCUUAGAAAUGAACAGUGAGCAUUGUUUUGAACAUGCUGCUCUAAGUGACGUUCUCAUACAUUGUCUCACCCAUUGCAGCAUCUGAUAGACUUGCUGCAGAUAUUGACAUUUCUUAUUGUUUUUUUUGUUUUUUUAUGUUUUUGGUUUUUUUUAUGCCAGUGAACUUAGACCAGACCAGCGAUGGUUACCUCAUCAACACUCCAGAGUGAUCUGUGCGCAGCGUUGCUCUGCCCUGUGCUUCAAAUAUGAAAUGGAAGAAAAACAAGUUGUCAGGUGCUGUAAACUAAAACGACUACAAGACGUGUUCAAAAUGUGAUGACUGCAUUGCUACAUUCAUGUUUUUAUCUGUGUACAGUUGUGUAAUCCUUUUUUUUAUUCAAGUGCAUUAGAACUACUAUUGAACUUGUAUUGUGAACAUGUGAGGAGAUGUCAAAGGCCAUGGUUUUCUAAAGGUGCACGUGUCAGCUGUGGAGGCUGGAGUGUGCCACCAGAAUAAUUGUAGAAGUUUGUAGAAUUGUAGAAGUUAUUAGCUAGUUUACUUACAAUUUUAAUGAUGCAUUGCAUAACGCAAAGUAAGUUAGCAGAUUAUAAAUGUAAUUUCUUAUUCUGUUUUAUGAAUUAAUAGAAUUUUAAAAUAGAUUUGCAAAAAUACAUUUUUAAAGCUUUUAAAUUAUAAAAACGAUGUUCUCUUUACUAAUGUCUCACAAUUCACUGUCUGCUACAGUUUUCUUUUGAUGAUAGCUCUAAUUUAGGGACGGCUCUCACAUUUCAAGAUGUGAAUCCAGUGUUUAUGCUGAGCUAAACUAAUCUAUGAACUUUUAAUGCAUCAUUUAAAUGGCAUUAUUAAAUUGAUAAUGGCUUUUUGAUAUGUUUAAAAUAAGGCAUCUGUCAAGUAUAUAAUUAUUUCAGUGGCACACUUCAGCCUCCAGCCACAUCACUCCUGGCAGGGAGCCUCGUGGCUUCUCUGUCCCUGGUGCUCUUUUUUUAUUGUAUGUUCCCAAAUCCUACGUACUGGUGAUGAUCCUCACAGGUAAGAAAAUCAUGACUGUCUGCAAGCCAACCCCACUGUAGCAUGUUAUCUGUCUGCCUUUGUGGAAAUCGGUCACUUAACGCUUUAAAAACAAAAAAAAGAUUUAAGAAAAAAAAUACUCAUUAUCUUUUUGUAACUGAUAUAUUUUUCAGAUAAUAAUGUAUAUAGUGUAAAUUUCAAGUUAAGAAAAGAAACCGAAGGUUUGUUACAAUUAAAAAAUACAGGCGAUACUAUAAGUCUACAGGCCGUGGUUGGUCACAUUCCGGCAUUGCAGUUCAUAACAUCAUUAUGUUUAUUGUAUAGUUAUUGUAUAUACGUACGUGAAUGAAAGCUUUAAAUGUUAAUAUUUAUUGAAUUUUAAGUGGUAUGGAGAACAAAGUAAAACACGUUUGAAAGAA